AUGAGCGGAUAUCCUCGUGGAAGACCAAGAGGUGAAGGUGGCGGUAACCGUGGAAACAGUCCAGGACGAGGCUCUGGAGGGUACGAAGGUCGUGGUAACCGUGCUUACAGUCCAGGUCGUGGUUCUGGAGGGCGCGGCCAAGAUCGCGGUGGCGGUGGUGACUUUAGACGAGGUGGCGGAGGUGGUCCGAGUCGAGGAGGUGCUGGACCACAGGGAAUAUUCAGCCCAAACACCCCUCUUCGAAUGGACGAGCGUCUAGCAGACAACGAACUCAAAGGCGUUAUAGAGAGAUUCAACAGCCUCCAAGUAACCAGCCCAGUACGCCCUCUUCGCCCUGGCUUUGGAACGCGAGGAAACCCAGUCACCCUUCGAGCGAAUUUCUUUCCAGUAAGGGUUCCGAAGGACUGCGUGGUUUACGACUACCAAGUUCAAAUCAGUCCCGAGACGAGCAUCAAGCGAAUCAAGACACGGAUCUUCCAUCUUCUCGAGGAACAUCCUCACUUCCAGCCUUUUCUGAAUCAAAUUGCCCAUGAUGGUAGCCAAAGGCUGGUGUCCUCCAGUUUACUCCCUCGGGAUAUGGCAAUCUCUCUGGUAUAUACUGAAGAAGGAGAAACUGCACCUCGGGAGAAUUCCAGAACGUACACAAUUUCGUUUACGUUUGUUCGGAAGCUCGAUACAAACGAACUUACCAGAUACAUGAAGGGCCAAGCGGAUUACCGAGACUAUGAUCCUGCCCCUCUCAUUGGCGCCCUCAAUCUCGUUCUGCAAAGACGUGCAUCUCAAACUGGUAUUCGAAUGGGACAGGACAGAAACAAAUAUUUCUUCCCCCUUUCAUCUCAGAAACAUGUACUCGGCUUUGGAGUGGUUGCUAUUCAAGGGUUCUAUGCUUCAGUACGGCCUUCGUACAAGCAGCUCAUGGUGAAUGUUAACGCCUGUAUGGCUGCCUUUAUCGACCUCCCUGACAACAUGGCCGAUGCCUUACUCGCCUUCGAUCAAAGAGCACACGGGGCGAUGCCCACCUUACCUCCAGCCCUCGCCAGAAGCAUCAGGGUAACAACCAGUUACCUAGGAUAUAAGAAGCGAUCCAAAGUAUAUGCUAUCGGUACCACGUCCGCCAGAAAUACGUUCUUCAACCAUGAACGAUACGGCAAGACAUCUGUCGAGAACUAUUUCAGGAAAGAGUACCCAAGGUUCCCACUUCGUCACCCUGCCGAUGUUCCCAUCAUCGAUUUGCGAGGUCCGACGAAAAAGACACCCGUCUACGUGCCGGCAGAGCUCUGUAUGAUCGAACCUGGCCAACCGUAUCGCGAGAAGCUCAACAGUGCCGAAACGAAGAAGAUGAUAACCGUUGCUUGUAACACUCCGACCUAUAAUGCUCAGUCUAUCGUUGGUGAAGGAUUCCACAAGCUGGGAUUACUUCCUCCUCAGGCGCCUGCCACCUCUUUCGGGAUCACUGUUAGCAACGAGAUGGCCGUCGUCCCCGCUAGGGAACUCACUCCUCCAAGGAUAGAGUAUCCAGGCCGUUCCUCCACCGCAAACAACGGAAGUUGGAAUGUUGCUGGUGACGUGAAAUUUUAUCGUCCGGCUACGGUCACAAACUGGUGGAUCAUGGUGGUGAGAGAUGGGGAUAUUAACAGAUACGUAUCGAACCCGCAAGACCUCGCUCCCCUUCGGGAUGCGUUUAACAACAAGCUUGUCAGCAAAGGGAUACGGAUGCCCACGACCCUACCUCGGUUGUUCCCUACGGAAAAUUUACCCCCAGCCACUAGGGACGAUCCGACGCGACAAGGGGCACUUCAUCUCAUUCGUAAAGCUAUUCGUACCGAGAGGGAGAAAGAGAGCGUGUCAAAGCCUGGUUUCAUUCUAGUCCUGUUGGCGAAUGUUGAUAAUUACAUCUAUCCGGGUAUCAAGAAAAUAUGCGACUCUGAAUUGGGCGUCAGCACUGUACACCUCCAGCUCCAGAAAGCCAUGAAUCCCAACAGGAACCAGCUAGACCAGUAUCUGUCUAAUGUCGCUUUGAAAGUGAACACUAAGCUUGGCGGGGUUAAUCAUCGGUUGGACCGUGAUGCCAUGAGAUGGCUCCAGAAGAAAAAGACGAUGAUGGUCGGAAUUGAUGUUACCCAUCGAGGUCCAGGGAGCAAAGACGGUACACCUUCUAUCGCGGCUGUCGUAGCCAACGUAGACGAGGAUUUCGUUCAAUUUCCUGCGAGUUUGAGGAUUCAGCGGACUCAUGAAAUCCGAGAGAUGGUGGUAGAUUUACGCGAAAUGAUGGUCGAACGUCUAUUGGCCUACGAGAAACGUGUUAAAGCUCUUCCAGAAAGGAUUUUCGUAUUCCGAGAUGGGGUUUCAGAGGGUCAAUACGACACUGUCAUCUCCAAUGAGCUGUCGCAAAUUCUAGAAGCGUGCAAGAGAUUCAACACGGCUACUCGAAAAUCAUACCGUCCUCAAAUCUCGAUCAUUAUCUGCGGCAAACGACAUCAUGCCCGGUUCUUCCCGACGGAUAACGCUCAUGCAGCCUCUAACGGGAACACCCGUCCUGGAACGGUCGUCGAUAAAGGUGUAACAGGAGUAUUUGACUUUGACUUUUAUCUACAAGCACACGCUGGAAUCAAAGGAACCGUUCGACCCACACACUAUGUGGUCAUCUACGAUGAGAACAGGUUCACAGCAGACGAAGUUCAACAAGGCACUCAUGACACUAGUUAUCUCUACGCUCGUGCUACGAGAUCUGUGAGUCUUGUUCCGCCAGCGUAUUACGCUGAUCUGGCUUGUGAGAGGGGUCGAUGCUACUUGAAUGACUUUCUCGUUGGCGAAGGCUCGGAAAGGGCUAGCUCGUCCGGCAGAAGUGAUAAGGAGGCGGAGAGACAGAGGGUCUAUGAAGCUGCGCGGAAGGCGUGGGGUCAUGGGGUGCACCCAUUACUUCAAGAAACGAUGUUUUACAUCUGA